AUGUACGACGGUCCUGUAAGAGGAGGCACUCGCGGUGGACAGGGUGACUUUAAAUGGUCUGCGGUCGCAGAUGACAAGCACAGAGAAAACUACCUUGGACACUCUGUCAACGCCCCAGUAGGUCGCUGGGCCAAAAAUAAGGAUAUCCAUUGGUACAAUCGCGAUGUCGAUGACGGCGACACAGAACGGGCCGCUCGAGAGCGGGCGGAAGAGAUUGCACGGGUCAAGCAGCAAGAGGAAGAUGCAUUGGCAGAAGCUCUCGGCCUGCCGGUAACAAAGAGAGACCCGGAUGCUAUUGGGACUGGAGCGAACGACGUGCCGGUGAAGAAAAGCGAAAAGGAUGAGGAGAUUGAGAGACUGGAGAAGGAGGAGAGGAAGAGGGAAAAGGCGUAA